ACUGGCCUCGCCCCCGUUGGAUCACUCCCUCUUGGAAGGUUAUCACCUGAGUUUUCAAGAUUUGACUUGGGUUGGGCCACUAACCUCCAGUCCCUCUGCGAUGGAGGACGCGCAGGAGAACACCGCGGAGUCUGGUUCCUCCGUCCAGUGGUCCGAAGAGCCUGCUGGCUUGGCCAAGGUCCCCGAGGUGUCGCUUUCUGAGGAGUCGGAGGGCUGCACCCGGCCCCUGGAGGCGGCCCCCCCAAAACUCUGUGGAUAUUUAAGUAAGUUUGGUGGCAAGGGGCCCAUCCGGGGCUGGAAGUCCCGCUGGUUCUUCUUCGACGAGAGGAAAUGUCACCUGUAUUAUUCGCGGACCGCGCAGGAUGCGAAUCCGUUGGACAGCAUCGACCUCUCCAGUGCGGUCUUUGACUGCAAGGCGGACGCCGAGGAGGGGACUUUCGAAAUCAAGACUCCCAACCGCAUAAUUACCUUGAAGGCUGCCACCAAGCAAGUGAUGCUGUACUGGCUGCAGCAGCUGCAGAUGAAGCGCUGGGAGUUCCACAACAGCCUACCUGCACCUCCUGCUGCACCCGACGCUGCCCUGGCCGGGAAUGGGCCUGCCCUGCGCCUUGAGCUAGAGCAAGAGGAGGAGGAUCAGGAGGCGUUGCUGUGUCCCGUGAAAACGCCCACUGAGCUUGUGGGCGUGGGAGCUGCCUGGCAGCCAGUCCAUGCCAAGCCCUCAGCCCUUCAGAAUAUUUCCCUCAAGCACCUGGGAACUGAAAUACAAAACACAAUGUGCAGCAUCCGGGGCAACAAGCAGACCCAAGGAGCAGGCCACAGACCCCCCGGAGAAGAUUCUCCACUGAGCGAGGAGACGCAGAGAGAGGAGCAGCUCUCUCCCCCUGACCCUGGCACCCCAGGGAAGGAUCCAGCGAAUUCUCAGAAGCCUACACCCAAGUCCUCUCUGACCACCAGUCUCAUUCAGAAAGCCAAGAGCCAGAGCAACACCUUCCCGCUCUUCAGCGAAGGGCUCAUGCGGAACCGAACUGCCCAGGAGAAAGUACUGGCCUUGGAGCAGCAGGUUCUGAUGCUCACCAAGGAGCUAAAGGCUCAGAAGGAGCUGGUGAAGAUCCUGCACAAGGCACUGGAGGCAGCCCAGCAGGAGAAGAGGGUGUCCAGUGCAUACCUGGCAGCGGCCCAGGACAAGGACCGGCUGGAGCUGGUGCGUCACAAAGUGCGGCAGAUUGCGGAGUUGGGCCGGCGGGUGGAGGCCCUGGAGCGGGAGCGGGAGAGCCUGGCGCAGACAGCAAGCCUGCGGGAGCAGGAGAUACGGGAACUGCAGCAGCACGUGCAGCUGCUCCUGGACAAGAAUCAGGCCAAGCAGGAGGUCAUCUGCAAGCUCUCCGAGAAGGUCACCCAGGACUUCAUGAAGGCCCCAGAGGAGGCCGACAGGGACUUCCUGAGCCAACAGGAGAAGAUGGAGCACCUAAAGGAUGACAUGGAAGCAUACCGGACCCAGAACCGCUUUCUCAACUCUGAGAUCCACCAGGUCACAAAGAUCUGGAGGAAGGUGGCUGAGAAGGAGAAGGCCCUCCUGAUGAAGUGUGCCUACCUCCAAGCCCAGAACUGUCAGGUGGAGAGCAAGUACCUGGCAGGGCUGCGGAGGCUGCAGGAGGCCUUGGGGGUGGAGGCCGGCGAGUGCUCAGAGCUCCUGAGGCAGCUCAUCCAGGAGGCACUGCAGUGGGAAGCCAGCGAGGCCUCGGCCGACAGCAUCGUGCUCAGCCCCAGCACCGUCAGUGAGUACGACGAGUACGGCUUCCUGACGGUGCCCAACUAUGAGGUGGAGGACCUGAGGCUGCUGGCCAAGAUCCAGGCACUGGAAGUGCACUCCCACCACCUGCUGGCCCACGAGGCUGUGGAGCGGCCACUGCGGGAGCGCUGGGCCACCCUGGGCGAGCUGGCCCCCUCAGCAGAACUGAAGCAGCUGCUGCGGGCGGGCGUGCCCCACGAGCACCGGCCGCGUGUUUGGAGAUGGCUGAUCCGCCUCCGCGUCCAGCACCUGCAGGCCCCUGGCUGCUACCAGGCACUGCUGAGCCAGGGCCAGGCCUGCAAGCACCCUGCUGCCCGCCAGAUCGAGCUGGACCUGAACCGGACCUUUCCCAACAACAAGCACUUCACCUGUCCCACCUCCAGCUUCCCUGACAAGCUCCGCCGGGUGCUGCUGGCCUUCUCCUGGCAGAACCCCACCAUUGGCUACUGCCAGGGCCUAAACAGACUGGCGGCCAUCGCUCUGCUGGUCCUGGAUGAGGAGGAGAGUGCCUUCUGGUGUCUGGUGGCCAUUGUGGAGACCAUCAUGCCCGCUGACUACUACAGCAAGACGCUCUUGGCAUCCCAGGUGGACCAGCGGGUGCUACAGGACCUCCUCUUGGAGAAGCUGCCCAGGCUGAUGGCCCACCUGGGGCAGCGCUGCGUGGACCUGUCCUUCAUCACCUUCAACUGGUUCCUUGUGGUCUUUGCAGACAGUCUCAUCAGCAACAUCCUCCUCCAGGUCUGGGACGCCUUCCUCUACGAGGGCAUCAAGGUAGUGUUCCGCUAUGCCUUGGCCAUCUUCAAGUACAAUGAGGAGGCACUCCUGAGGCUACAGGAUAGCCUGGAAAUCUACCAGUACCUGCAUUUCUUCACCAAGACCAUCUGUGACAGCCGGAAGCUGAUGCACAUCGCCUUCAAUGACAUGAACCCCUUUCCCAUGAAACAGCUGCGCCAGCUGCGGGCGGCCCACCGGGAGCGGCUGGAGGCCGAGCUGAAUGAACUGGAGCAGCUCAAGGCCGAGUACCUGGAGACCCGGGCAGCCCAGGGCCCCUCAGUGCCCGAGGGUUGCCCCAGCGAGGAUGAGGGGGAGGCAGAGCCCUGACAUGGCUGCCUGCCCUCCCCAAGCCCUUUCUCGCCCUGGGCUGGCAGGCCCAGAAAAGGACAGCCAUGCAGCGAUAUGUGACCCUGGGCAAGUCCCUUCUCCUCUCUGGGACUCAGUCUCCCCAUUGAAAUGUUGGCUUCUGAAGCCACUGGUUGGGUUUUCUCCUCAUGAGCACACCCAGGAUGCACCCCUUCUCAUUUCCUCUGCAGAGCACUUUAGCACCCAGACAAGCAAGAGUGCUGUCUUUAAUAGGGUUAACCUUGAACAUUCUCUAAGCUUUAUCUGUGUAUAACAGUGUAAAUACUGGAAAUAGUUCACAAGCUCUGGAACCUAAA